CAAUAUCAAUUGUCAAGAUUGUGUCGCAACUCCUAAUGGCGAAAUUAGUUUCAUAGUUUAUUUUUAUUCUAAAAAUGAGAAGUGUUUACGAUCUAAUUUUAUUGAAUGUGGAGUUUGAUAACUUUGAAUAUGUAGUCAUGAAAAGCGUUUGUUGAAUCGUCUGGAUAAAAUAAAUCCUAAGCUCAAAUCUAUAUUUUUGUGCAAGGUUACACAAUAAUAACUGGUGCAAUUUUUAUAAUAAUUUGAAAUACCAAUUGCGUCAUACUAUCGCAAAAAAACAGCGUAGAUACUUUACGUCCGUUCACUUCAGAUUCAGUUUUGGAAAGGAUCGCGUCUGCGUGAAGUGUUACUUCAUAUUUUUGAUGAUAUUAGAAGAUUCUUGGGAGAUGCCGCCUGAAAAGCGCGGGAGGCGAGGGGUCAGCGACGCGGACGACGAAGAUGACGAUUACCGACGCAAACGAGAUCGUAAUAACGAGGCAGUCAAAAAGAGCAGAUACAAGUCAAAGCAACGGACACAAGAAACAUUUACAAGAGUGAACAAACUGAAGGCAGAAAAUCAAGCGUUGGAAGAAAAAGUUAAGUCUUUGACUAAGGACCUUGAAUUUCUCAAGAAACUCUUCAUGGAGUAUGCAGCUAAAUCUGACCAGAAAGAUCCAAAAUUUGAGGGCAUAGACCUUGAAAAACUAUUGAAAGAGGAGCCAGAUGAUGAAACAGGCAAAAGUAGUAAAUCAUAACUCUCUACAUAUUAGACAGAAAUGUAUUUCUCCAUUUCUGCUUUUUAUUGCUGCAAUUUUAGAUUAAGAUGAUAGUGGUAUAACUAUUGGGUGUCAAGACAGUCAGAUGGUAUAGUUACACCACCGGAUGAUUGAGUGAAAUUUGAGUUCAUAAUUUCAGCAAAUAAAAGAAAAAAGGAUAAAAGAAAAAAAGGAGUAUGGGCAUUCCUGCCUAAAUACAACAACAUGCAAUAUACCAUUGGAUAGGAUUCUUUAUGUACUUUAAUUAUUAUUAAUAAGCUUAAAAGCUCCUUAUUACUGUGUGGAAAAAUUAUGGCUCGAAAAAGACCAACAAUAUUUUUCUUUAAAAUGACUUAAAAUGCUAUAACAAGCUUUACGUUAUAACUGGUUACUGGCAAAAAUCAAUAUAAAAUCCAAUAUUUCUCUGUAUUUAUAAAAAUAUAUCUAAAAUGUUAAUUGCAGUUGUAACAUAUCAUAUGCACGAUUUAUUUUUCUAUAUGGCAAUUUCAAUAUGGCACUUUUAAAUUUUCAUGUAAAUAAAGAAUGACUUUUUUUGGCAUAACUUUCACACAGCACUCGGGUACUUCUUGCCAUAAAAAAAGUUAAAGUACAUAAAAAAGCUUAUCCAAUGGUAUAUUGUAUGUUGUUAUUGGUAAUUAGGCAGGAUCCCAUACAUUUUAGGCGGUUCGCCUUUGAGUCUUACGGAUUCAUACAAAAAUCUAUAGGUUAGAAGAUUUAUAUCUUAUCCACACUGAAUGACAUUAUAUGACAGAAAAGUGGAAUGAAGGCCCAUUCUUCAUUGUUGCCUGUGAGGGUGACAAUUCGAUCAGCUAAAUAUAUGGUUGACCCAUUUUGCAAGUAAAGUUUAUAAUUUACACAACUUUAUCAGGCACAGUAUGCUAACAUGUGACCUUCGACAUAUGUUAUGAAGAGAAUACCAAGACAAAAUUUAAACCUCACAAAGAAUGAAUUUUGAAAAUAAAAAAUGAGAAUUAACAUCACAAUAUCAUAUUUAUCAGUCAUCGUUCAGACAUGUGACGUCAGUUACUGUUGAACAAGCUAAGAUGAGUCACAAUUCAAUUUAUACUUAAGAUUUACAUACAUAAAAAUAGAGUGAGUACAUAAAAAACAUGUGUAUCUCGGGAUGCUUGACAGAAGUGGUAAUUUACUACAUGUGUGAGAGACAGAGUGGCGCCGUAACGCGUUACGUUACAAAGCCGUUUACCCUCCCAUAGGUAGUUAUCAUUUUAAUAAUUAAAAUUAGUUUUUAACAAAGACAACAGAAUAUAUCUAUAAUUUGGCAAGCUCAACUAAAGCUAUUUGGGAGUAUCUAGGUCAAUAGUUCAAAUAAUGCAAUAAAAUUACCAUGUUCUAUGGAUGACUUGGAAAUAAUCAUCGCUUAAAUCUUCGCUUAAAUCUUAAGAUUACUUUCAAUUAUUAUUAAUGUACAGAAAGAGACAGUUUAGGGAAGGAUAUAUAUUUUAAGCAUAGAUAUAAGUUACAAUUUAUUUAUAUAAUUUUUUUCAUGUUAUGUGAUCUUUUUUAAUACUUAUACACAUUUUAAAUUGGACAUAAUGCAGUUGGUUCAGAAAUAAAUUUAUUUUUCAGUAUAAA